AUGAGCUCUCAGCCACGUGGUUCACAGCCAGGUCCUUCCUUCAGUCCGGUGACUUCACCGAUUUCACAACGAAACUUCCGAUACGAACCAGCAAGAAGCGGUUACACAUCACCUGGACAGUAUUCAACUUAUUCAACGAGCACUGCUGAUCGUGUCGGCUGUCUCACAGCAGUAAGAAUGUCUGCAUUUGCGAAGCUGUCCAGAUUCACACGUCGUCUGGUACAUAUCCGACAAAUGGAUUUCGAGUUCGCACUUUGGCAAAUGCUCUAUCUACUUAUCCAGCCUUCAAAAGUGUACAAAAACUUUAUUUACAGAAAACGUACCAAAGAUCAAUUUGCAAGAGAUGAUCCGGCAUUCUUAGUACUUCUGUCUCUCUCACUAUUGUUUUCUUCGAUUUUCUAUGCGUAUGCUCUCGGUCUUUCGAAAACUGGCUUUUUCACUUUCUUCCUUUGGUCAGUUUUUGUGGAUUGCAUCGCUGUUGGAGUCGUUAUCGCCACGAUUCUUUGGUGGGUAUCGAACCGAUUUCUUCGAAAAGUUCGAGACCAGGAUGUAGAAUGGGGAUACUGCUUUGAUGUACACCUCAAUGCUUUCUUCCCAAUGCUCAUUCUCCUUCAUGUUAUCGUUCCUAUUCUUUAUCCGACAUUGAUCGAUUCACCAUCAUUCUUGUCCGUGUUUCUCGGGAACACGUUCUGGUUCCUCGCAGCCUGCUACUAUGUCUACAUCACGUUCCUCGGAUACACUGCUCUUCCGAUUCUACACAAGACGCAAUAUUUCCUAUAUCCCAUCUCUUUUAUUUUUAUGUUCUUUGUAGCCACCUUGACUGCCGGCUGGAACAUUUCCAGAACAGCUCUCUAUUUUUACCAUUCCCGUGCUGAGCCACACAAGUUCGCUCCUCAACACAACAGUUUGUAA